AUGUCAAGAGCUCAGACGAGAUUAAAUCAAUUAUCCAACUUUUUAACCCCCACAACAGGCCCCAGCGCUAAAGUUUCGUUAUCGCCGGAUCAUCCAUUUAGAAUAUGUGUUAUUGGUUCAGGUAACUGGGGUACAACUAUAGCUAAAGUUGUAGCUGAAAACGCAUUAGCAAGACCACAUUUGUUUGUUCAUAAUGUGAAAAUGUGGGUUUUUGAAGAAAAAAUCGAUGGCAGGAACUUAACAGAGAUCAUUAAUCAGCAGCAUGUUAAUAUAAAGUAUUUGCCCGGUGUAAAACUACCACCUAAUUUAGUUGCCGAACCAAAUAUUUUGAAAGCUGUUGAAGGCGCCGACUUGAUCGUGUUCAAUUUCCCUCAUCAAUUCUUACACAAAAUUUUAAAGCAGUUGAAAGGCCAUGUUCCGCCUACCACUAGAGGUAUAUCUUGCUUAAAAGGGUUGGAAGUUACUAAAGAUGGCUGUAAAUUGUUGUCAACUUAUAUUACCGAACAAUUGGGUAUUGCAUGUGGUGCUUUAUCGGGUGCAAACUUGGCACCAGAAGUGGCUCGCUGUAAAUGGUCGGAAACAACAGUAGGCUAUCAUUUGCCAGAAGACUAUCGUGGUGCAGGUAAGGACAUUGACCAAUUCAUCUUGAAAGCGACAUUCCAUAGACCAUAUUUCCACGUGAAUGUUAUUGAGGAUGUUGCUGGUGUAUCGGUAGCUGGUGCAUUGAAAAAUAUAGUGGCUCUAGCCGUAGGGUUUGUUGAAGGUUUGGGAUGGGGAGAUAAUGCCAAAGCAGCAGUAAUGAGAGUCGGUCUUUUGGAAACAAUCAAGUUUAGUGAGAUGUUUUUCCCAGAAUCCAAGGCUGAAACAUUCACUGCGGAAUCUGCAGGUGUAGCUGAUUUGAUCACUACUUGCUCGGGAGGUAGAAACGUCAAAGUUGGUAGGUAUAUGGCGCAAACUGGUGCGUCUGCUGACCAAGCUGAAAAGAGAUUAUUAAACGGUCAGAGUAGCCAAGGUAUUGUAACGGCGAGGGAGGUUCAUGAGUUACUAACAAAUGUUAAUAAAUUAGAUGAGUUCCCCUUGUUUGAAGCCACCUAUCAAAUUAUUUAUGGAUCUGAAUCAAUUGAAAACUUGCCAAAUUUAUUGAGUAGAGAUUAG